AUGAAAUGUUUUUACGGAAAAUGCGAUUGUGCAUCAGGCUUGGUUCGUGCUGGAGCAUUGUGUAUAAAGCCCAAAUCAAGUGAACUAAUGGAUUUUAUCAGUGAAAAUGAAUCGUUCAAGUUGCGAUUGCAUAAAAGAUCGGUGUUAUCGGCAAACGAUAAACUCGACCAAAGGAAUUCAAUGCAAUGCUGGCCUGAUCAGCAGAGUUGUGCAAAUGGCAAGGGUGUUUGUUUGGAGGACGUGUGUCACUGUAUUGAUGGAUAUGUGAAAGUGAAUGGCGAAUGUCAAAGUAAAGUUUUACCGCUGAAUGCCAAAUGCGAUAGCAAUUUGAACGCCUCCACUAAAUGUGCAACAGAUGCACGUUGUAUCAAUGGAUUUUGUAGAUGUAUAAGUCCAAGCGGAUGUGCUCAAUCCAAAAAGUUCACGAUAGCGCCUAGAUCAGACGUGCGUACGUUUAGUUUAGGAGCACCGUGUAACUCUAUGGAUAUGUGUGGGAAAGGAAUGAUCUGUCUGAGAUCAAUAUGUCAAUGUCCCAGUGGAUCAGAGUGGAAGUGUAGCGGUGAGGAUCGAUGCAUGGGUGGAGCAGUAUGCUUGACGUCGAUCUGUUCAUGUACUGACGGAUCUGUUGAAGCUUUCGGUCGUUGUCGUCAGCGGCCGGGUGGACGAUGUGCAAAUGGCGAGACGUGUGCGGGUGAUUCAGUCUGUGAAUUGGCCAUUUGCCGGUGUCCAGAUGGAUAUCGCAUCGAAGAUUCACGUUGCGUUGCUACGAUUGCGAUGCCAGGUAAAACCUGUCAAAUGGGUCAGAAAUGUGCGAACGGAAGUCACUGCAGAUUUGGUGUUUGUAUGUGCGCUGCUAACUAUCGAAUCGUUGCUGAUCGUUGUGAGAAACUUUCGAACGCCAUCUCUGCCUCGGCAAAACCGACCCGAUCGCUAGCAAAUUCGCUGGCAGCGUCCCGAAAUAGGUCCAUAGGAGGCAUAAGUGUGAAACCGGGACAGAUGUGUAUGGAUGGCGAGACGUGUAUGGGUAAUUCCAAGUGCAUAUCAGGAUUUUUCGGCUCCGGGACAAAGCUGCNUGCUUCUACACAGUCAUCAGAUUCACCAGUAAUCGACCGUCGUACCGCUGCUUCGCUGUGUCGACUCACCGUUGACUGUCCGUUUCGAACCGAAUGUCUUCGUGGUGUUUGUCGUUGCAGACGUGGUGAAACGCUCAGUGGAGAACAAUGUCGUAAAGCGUUCUACGGGGUAUCUCCAGAUGGCCACUGUGAUCCUUGGAAAGGCCUUGACUGUAUCGGUGAAUCCUACUGCAUUUAUGGGGUGUGUAUGUGUACGGGUGGUUUGGUCAGUAAUGGAUACGAAUGCGUAUCAGCAAUGAGCGAGAAAGCCUCGAAACCAGGACAAAGUUGUGCCGAAGGUCAGGUCUGUACCGGUGGAUCAAAGUGUACCGGACGGAUAUGCGAGUGCAGUGCAGUUGAGGUGAUAGAUCACACUGGUCAGUGCAUCCUACCAGCUGGACCGCUGAUAACUUCAUCAGAUUAUCCUUCAACCAGACAAAUGCCAUCUAGUUAUGUCAGCUAUAACAGUGUACCGAGGCAACCAAAUGGAAUAAACGUUGAAUCCAGCAAAGAAAAUAUACUGCUUAGUCGAACUAGUAAUCAACAUUCGAAUGCAAGUCAUACGACAGUAGCGGUGUUCGAUAAAGAUGUUGUCAGAGCUGUAUUUGGCACAAAAAUAGCAGAUAAUAUUUGUGCGACAUAUAUUUGUACUGACAAAAGUAUGUGCAGCAAUGUAAACUGCAUAAAACCAAGUGAUACCUAUCAGACUACGAAUGGGUUUUAUCCCAAUAAUCCAUCGCAACACAACAACGUUCAGCCAUCGUUUUCAUUGNUAUCAACGACAUCGCAACCUCUUUUUGUGUCGAUAUUACCUGCGCCUUAUGAGCUUCAGUCAGUUGCCAACUUUGCAAACAACAUUCCCAUCAAUUUUCCCAGCAGCACACAGAUUCCGUUCUCGUUCAGUUUUACGACAGGUGUUCCAGGCGAAGGCUGUACAGUUCAAGGUUAUUGCUCAAAUGGUGCAUUUUGUCAAAAUAAUGUUUGCGUUUGUCUGAAUGGAUAUAUUCCACUAGAAGGAAAAUGUCAUCCACAAGCUGUUGCGUUACACGUGGAUUGCGUUGCUGACAUGCAAUGUGAAGAGAAUGCGUACUGUAAACAAGGUAGCUGUUUGUGUAAGCGAGGAUAUUUAGAAGAGGAUGGUGUUUGCGUGCUUGAUAAAGGUGCACGACCAGGUGAGGAUUGUUCGUCAGGUCGUUUUUGUGGUUAUGAUUCAUAUUGUGGCAAGACAAGUGGUGUUUGUGAAUGUCCCGGUGGAACGGCAACAAUUCAGAAUCAGUGUCAGUCAGCCGUAGAACCACUGGGUCCUGUAUGCAUAACAAGUGCUAACUGUGAUUCUACAUCAUAUUGUGAUAACGGUUAUUGUCUUUGCAAAGCUGACUAUUUCUGGAACGGAGAAUGUUGUGUACUCAAAUCUCUGUCUCAGCAGAUAACUUUUUCGUCANCCGCUGUCUAA